UGUGGUGUGUGGUGUGUCUGUGUGUGCGUGCGCGCGUGCGUGCGUGAUCGCGAAUCGCUCGAUAGAGAGAGAAAAAGGACAGAGCAGCAGCAGCGUUUACUCUGACCAGUGUUGGAAGCAAGAAGAAGUGCGAGGAAGACUGGGACGAGUGUCUGCCUACACAUAAUGCUGCUGGCCGUUGUCUAUAGCUGUGUAGGGGGAGGAGCGCUGCUGUAUGCCCUCUACCGCUGGAUCAUCCCCAACCUGUUGCAGUACCACACUGGAGCGUUGUUAUUCUGGCACGACGACCUGGUCCCCUGGGUGAGGGACACCGUCUAUGGCUCCACCCGCCCAGAGCGUAUUCUGGCCGAAGUAAAGAGGAAGGCCACCAGGGGUGACGCCAGGAGUGUGGUGGACACCAUCGACCAGUACUGCAGGCAUCAAGAAUGGGCCAUGAAUGUGGGGGACGAGAAAGGCACCAUCCUGGACUCCAUCGUGUGUGAGGUGAAGCCCAGGGCGAUGCUAGAGCUGGGGACCUACUGCGGUUACUCGGCGGUGCGCAUCGCCAGCCUGCUGCCCCCAAACUCAAGGCUGAUCACCAUGGAGUUCAACCCUGUGUUCGCCGCCAUCGCACGCCAGGUCAUCGCCUGGGCAGGAGUGGAGGAUAAGGUGGUGCUCAUCGAGGGCCCAUCCGGGGACUGGAUCCCUAAAAUGAAGAAGGAGUUCGGGUUGACUUCGUUUGACUUGGUGUUCUUGGACCACUGGAAGGAUUGCUACCUACCCGACACCAAACUAAUGGAGGAGUGCGGCCUGCUCAGGACGGGCAGCAUCCUGGUGGCCGACAACGUCAUCUGUCCCGGGGCGCCUGAUUACCUGGAGUACGUGCGUGGCAGCCCGCGGUACGAGAGCAAGUACUUCCGCUCCCAUCUGGAGUACACCAGAGUAGAGGACGGCAUAGAGAAGUCUGUCUUCCUGGGGUAGCUGAGCUUCCUGCCCCUCCUCUCUCACUCACUCAGUCACACACACACACACACACACACACACACACACACACACACACACACACACACACACACACACACACACACACACACACACACACACACACACACACAAAAUAAUUAACAAACUAAUAUAAAUACUGAUCUAAGACCCUAUGAACAUUCUCAUAGUUGGACUCAAGAAUAUAUAAGAUUCAGGCCAAACAAUGUGUGAACCUUUUUAUCAACAGGCUGUUUCAGAGAAUGAUUUGUUCCUCUGGCUUCCUGAGACUAUACUGAAUUUAGGAGCUCACAUUAUGAUAUAUCUUGAUUGUCUCACGAGGCUGAUGUUCGUCAACCCUGUUCCUUGGUAUAACCCGGGAGCUACAAUGACCACGGAAGCGUUGCAUCAUGUUUGCUUACAACUUGCUCCACUGGACACGUCGCAGCGCAAGAUUAAGAGGAUUCUAUAGGACCGAUAGAUAAACAACUAUGCCUGCUCUGCUUUAUAGGUUUUUUCAUUGUUGUGAACAAGGUGAUUGUGCAUACAGUACAUGUUAAGUCAUUUAACAGAAUAAUGUUUUCAUUGGCAAUCUCUUAACCAAACUCACCUGAAGCUCCAAUGACCGCACCAAUUGUCCUUCAAAUGUUGUCUGACCUUAAAUUGUCCUUGUAUAAAAAAAUGUCUGUGGUCGUACAACUCGCUGUAUUUCCAUGUCUAUGAUCACAUGUUGAAACUAGCGAGGUAAACAAGUGGUUCAUAGUCUGAGGACAGACACAUGGUUGUAGUUAUAUGGGUGUAGUUUUGUUGCACGUGAUAUGGGGGUGCUUCAUGUUCCCACCGUAGGGUGCAGGUGGAUGCAGGGAAUGUAUG